UUUGAACAAAUUCACAUCAGCCUCCAGCCGGAAGAGAUGGUGUCACAGUCUACAGUCCGGCAGGAUUUGCCUGUUGUCCCCUGGAAAGGGAUCAGCGACCACUCUGGCAACAAUGAUGGUUCACCCACCCUCCUGGACACUGAUCACCCCCCUUGCCAAUUCAGUGUCAGGCUCUCGAGGCACAAAGCUGCCUGGAUUAACCCACAGGGUACACAGCAACAGCUGCAGGAAUCACCCCCCUGGGUGUCAAAAGAGGGGAGCAGUGGAAACCGCUCUGUGGCGGAUGGUGCCUCUCUCUUGGGCCCUUCACUUUUGUCCCCUGGGUGCUCCCUGAUAGAGACACCAUUGACUAAGGAUACCGUAGGCUCCAUCGGCAGUGCCUCUGCCCGUGGCUCAGGUGGAAAGAGCAGCAGUUUCUCCUGGACCUCACCAGAAGCACGAGUGGUGCUCCCAGGACACUGUCAUCAGGUGUCUCUACUCAAUGACUCUAAGACUUUCGCCACUUCAUGUCCUGAGGUUGACAGUGCUUUUGUCCCAGCUUCCUACCUGACAGCUUCUGCUCAUAAAGGUACUGUUCAAGUCAGUAGAAGAACCAUUUCUUUGAAUUCCUUCUCACCAGAGACAUGUGUGCUGCCUGUCGAUGUAGAAAAGGAAAAUGCUCACUUUUACGUUGCAGAUAUGAUAAUAUCAGCGAUGGAGAAAAUGAAGUAUAACAUCCUGAGUCAACAGCAGACAGAGAGCUGGAGUAAAGAUAAAGCCAGUGAGUCACUUGGGAAUGGUCAAGCUGACUCUGAAGUGACCUUGGAUACCAACAUAAAGCAAGAAUCUGGGUUUUCCAGUUCUUCAGACAGUGGCUAUGAAGGUUGUGCUGUGCUACCUGUCAGCCCAAUGACUGACACACCUGCUGACCAUCAUGUGGUGAGAGAUGCCUGCAAAUGUGACCUCGAUGAGUUUAUUUUAGAACUUGGAGAGUGUAAUGACAUCACAGAAACCUGUUCACGUUCCUGUAGUUCCUCUAAAAGUGUCACUUAUGAGCCAAACUUCAAUUCUGCCGAGCUACUAGCCAAAGAGUUGUAUCGAGUAUUCCGAAAGUGCUGGAUUCUGUCAGUAGUUGAUUAUCAGCUGGCAGGUUCCCUGAAUGCAGCUGGCUCAGUAGUUGUAAAUGAAGAGCGUGUCCGAAAAGACUUUGAAUCCAGUAUGCACGUAGUACAGGAAAUUAAAUUUAAGUCUAGGAUCAGAGGGACUGAAGACUGGGCCCCUCCUAGAUUUCAAAUAAUAUUUAAUAUCCAUCCACCACUCAAGAGGGACCUCGUGGUGGCAGCCCAGAAUUUUUUCUGUGCCGGCUGUGGAACUCCAGUAGAGCCAAAGUUUGUGAAGCGACUCCGGUACUGCGAAUACCUGGGGAAGUAUUUCUGUGACUGCUGCCACUUGUACGCCGAGUCCUGCAUCCCUGCCCGGAUCCUGAUGAUGUGGGACUUCAGAAAGUACUAUGUCAGCAAUUUCUCCAAACAACUGCUUGACAACAUAUGGCACCAGCCCAUUUUCAAUUUGCUGAGCAUCAGCCAGAACCUCUAUGCAAAAGCCAAGGAGCUGGACAGAGUGAAGAAAAUUCAGGAGCAGCUCUUUCAUGUCAAGAAGCUGUUGAAGACAUGCAGGUUUGCUGACAGCGCAUUAAAGGAGUUUGAGCAGGAGCCGAGACACUUGACUGAUGAGCUCCACCUGUUCUCCCUGGAGGACCUGGUCAGGAUCAAGAAAGGGCUGCUGGUGCCCUCGCUCAAGGACAUUCUGAAGGCUUCUCUGACACACGUGGCCAGCUGUGAGCUGUGUCAAGGAAAGGGCUUUAUUUGUGAAUUUUGCCGGAAUACAACUGCCAUUUUCCCAUUUCAGACCACAACAUGUAGAAGAUGUUCAGCGUGUAGGGCUUGCUUUCACAAACAGUGCUUCCAGUCCUCUGAGUGCCCCCGGUGUGCAAGGAUCAUGGCUAGGAGAAGACUUCUGGGAAAUCUGCCCUCUGCAGCAACAUGAUGCUCCUGACUAUUGUGAAAUGGACUGUGAAAUAGACUGAAAUAGACAAUUUGUGUCUAUUAUUAGCAGCAUUGUUUUAGGUUCAGGUAUUGUAUAUUAAGAAAAAAAGAUAGCCAUUAUCUUUAUUGUAUAUACUUAAUGUCUUAAGAGAAUGUAGAUUCUUUGUUAUUAAGCAUAGGAUUGUUACUAACGAUUUUGUUUACAAAUGUUUUGUUUUUGCUGCUGCUGGUUUUUUUUUAAAGAGUUUUUUUGUACUUUUGUAUUUGAAUUGUUGUGUUUAACCAAUAUCAAGUCAGUUUUUUGUGGGUGCGAAUUGUAACUGACAAGGUGAAUUCCUCAAUUCCUCGUCCUCUAAAGCUUGUUUGUUGAAACUGAUGGGUACUUUGAAUGAACAACAAUAAAACCCAGUCUGUUUGAUCAGACUUUUAUUUCUUCAAGGAA